UAAUAACUAAAAGUAAAUAUAUCUAAAUCCGAAAUCAGAGAAUUUGAUUUUUAAUUCCUAAAUGAAAUCUAAGAAACCUUUGGAUUUUUUAGAACAAAAUGGAUAAUUUUUAAACUUGAGUAGGCACGUGCGAAUCCUGAAGAUCAGUUUCACGCAAACGCGAUUUUUAAGGUAUAAAAAUAAUGUGGCGAUCUAGCACUUCCGGAUUUAUAGCUCUACAUUUGUUUCAAAAACCAAAAAUUUUCACUGAUUUUAUCAUUCUAGAUUUCAGUUUAUAAGCUUAUGAUUUUUAUUUGACUGAUUCUUUCUUUAUGAGAUAAAAGGGCGAAAUAAUAAAGCAUAUCAACAGAUGUAUAACAAUAUAUUUGUAUGUCUAUUUCUAUAGAAGUUUUAAAUGAAGAAGUAUCUUUUGUGAAAUGUGCUCAUUUUAGUGAGAUCAGUGACCUUGAAAAAAAAGAUGCGCUUCUAUGAGCUCAGAUGAAAAAGAUCUCAUUUCUCUCACAAACUUUCAAAAGAAUGGAUUCUUACAAAAGUUCCAUUUGUUGGAUUGUUGUAUUGUUUAUUGCUGAAGUCUAUUCAACAGGAAAAAGUCUGAGUAGCCACAGAACGAGCGAAAGCAAUAAAAUUCCAUGGGAGAUACUUUUGGAUCCAAAUCAUAGAAAGCCUAUUUUGAAUCAGACAUCACGCCGCCAACUUCCAGCUACACUUCCUUCCACAAAUCAUUACAAAAUAUUAUCUCAGAAUCAAAAGCCUCCAACAGUUACGAAUUCUGGUUUCGCAAAUGUUGCUACAUUUCGUCCAAAACAAAAAUUCAACCAAUUCCCAAACAGUAACUUUUUUAAACAACAGGAAAAACAAGAAAAGCAUAGAAGAAGAAAACCGGAAAAAAGGAAACCAGUUGACAGUGGUGAAAAUUUUUUUCCCGAUUAUGAUGAUUUUGAAUCUGUAAAUCAACAUCAUUUCGGAUAUCCCCAGCAUCUGAUUCCUUCCGAUUCAGAUGAUUAUUAUACUAAAGCUAAGGACCUCAUCAAAUUGGGAAGUUACGGGAAACCAACUUAUUCAUCUUCAGAUCAUAAUGAUGGCUAUCAUAAUGAUGGUUAUCAUAAUGAUGGCUAUGGCUCUCAUGAUAAUUAUGGUACUCAUGAUGGAUAUAAUAAUGGUUAUUCUGAAGAAUAUCAUCCGUAUAAAAGUAAGUCCUCUAAAUAUGUGGCAUUUGCUUUAGGAUUACUUCCACUUGGACUGUUGUUAGCUUCUCUUGUACCUACAGUAGUAACAAUACCAGUUUCAACAGCAGUUGCUACUGGUAGGAGAAGAAAGAGAUCGGUUGACAAAGAAUAUGAAAUAUAGCGAAUUGUGAAUGAAUCCUUGAAGUUUCCUACCCUUCAGAAACGUUUUAUUUUGCUUAGUUAUUGAUAUGAUCUUAAUGUAACAAUGUUAAAUGCAUAAUAGGACAAAUAAAUAGUUUAUAUAUUUAAAA